AUGAACUUAAUUGGAACUCCUCAAGAGAUCAUUAAAACUGCUGAAUAUUUAAAGGGUGAAUUUGAGAUGAAAGACCUUGGAAAAACUAAAUAUUGUCUGGGCUUGCAGAUCGAGCAUCAUCCCAAUGGUAUUCUUGUCCAUCAAUCAGCUUACAUUGAAAAAAUCUUGAAGCGAUUUUAUAUGGAUAAUGCCCACCCGUUGAGCACUCCAAUGGUAGGUCAUCCAUUAGACACAAAUAAAGAUCCAUUCCGUCCUAAAGAGGAUGAUGAAAUUAUACUUGGUCCAGAAGUUCCAUAUCUUAGUGCAAUAGGUGCUUUAUUAUAUUUAGCCCAAUGUAAUAGGCCAGAUAUUGCAUUUUCAGUAAAUUUAUUAGCCAGGUAUAGCUUGGCUCCAACACGUAGACACUGGAAUGGUAUAAAGCAUAUCUUGCGCUACCUUCAUGGAACAACUGAUAUGGGCCUGUUUUAUUCUUACGAACCUUCCAACGGUCCAAAUCUUGUUGGAUACGCGGAUUCUGGGUAUCUCUCCGAUCCACAUAAGGGUCGCUCCCAAACUGGUUAUGUGUUUACUUGUGGAAAUACAGCAAUCUCAUGGCGAUCUACAAAACAAACUUUAGUUGCUACCUCUUCUAAUCAUGCAGAAAUUCUUGCGCUCCCUGAGGCCAGUAGAGAAUGUGUUUGGUUAAGAUCCCUAGUUCAUCAUAUUCGGAAAACAUGUGAUCUUUCUUCAACAACAAAAGCUCCGACAAUCAUGUAUGAAGACAAUGCUGCUUGUAUAGCUCAAAUUAAAGAAGGGUUUAUCAAGGGUGACAUAACCAAACAUAUACCACCAAAGUUCUUCUACCCAUAUGAGCUUCAGAAGAAUCAAGAGAUUGAAGUCAAACAAAUUCGUUCCCAAGAUAACCUGGCAGACCUCUUCACCAAAGCUCUUCCGAAGUCUAUAUUUCAGAAGUUGGUAUAUGUGUGCACCUCCGUUGCACCUUUGGCUUGCCUUGGCAUGGUGCAAAAUAUCAAAAUCAUGCCAUGGCCUAUGCCACUUGCUAAGGGUCUUACACUUGGCCACUCAAAGUGCGAUAGAGACAUACAGAAGCACAACUUCAAGACCACGUCCAUCCUUGAGGAAGGGUUAACUGAGUUUGAUGCACUUUGA